GGAGAGAAGGUGAGAAAAAUCCCGUGUGGAUUCCUGCCCAUAACAUCAAACCCUGCACCACUAGCGAUGAGCCGUAGACCACCACCACCACCACCAUCACCCCCGGUAGAGGAAAUGGAGGACCUGGACAUAGAGGACCACCAGCCCCAGCGGUGGAGACGACCAAGACACCGACGAGCUCACCCCAUCACUUGGAGCGAUAUGAAGGCCCUGCAAGAAGAAGCCCAGCGAAUGGCACCAGACCCUAACCCCUCCGCUGGCACACUGUUUUUGCUUAUGUGCGCCAUCAUCGCUACCAACAGCACGGGAGUCUGUGGGCAAGAGGUUUGGGCUGCCAUACCCCAUCCAGGCGUGCUCCUCCCUGUUGCGGUAAAUAGCCCACAAUUUCCAGUCAUAAGAGCCUCUAACUGCACUCUUGGACUCCCCUGUGACAGGGCAGGGGCAACGGAAGCCCCCUGGAAUGGUACCCUGUGGGCUAACAUCUCCACCCCAGACAUACUCAAAUGGACAUUAGAAGCCAACGUAGCAGCAGCGGAAGGUUGGACACUAGUAGGACAUCACGCUACCGGAGACUUCCUGAUGCCUAAUGUAUCUGCUACCUCAGGAACCAUGAUAGGACUCAAUGGGACCUAUCCUCUAGCACUGUCCAACUGGUCCCGACCAGUGUCAGCUCCAAUAAUAGAAUCUUUGUGCCCAUAUCUCUUCCAGACACCUCACAAAGCUGAACUGCCCCUUACUGGAGUCCCCUGGGAGGACUGUCUAAGAGCGUCCCAGGUAGAUGGUCAAACUAAAACACUAGGCAUUUGGGGGAAAUGGCUAAGAAAAGGAAUGCAGCCUUUUGCCAUUCAGAGUCCAAUGCAGGCACUCCGCAGCCAACUUGGGAGGUGGGACUUAUGUGGGCCCUCAGCAUGCUUGGACAUGCGCCCAUUUUUUGGUCUACAAAGGCUAACUCUGUAUAAUGGGACAUGGAAUGUUAAUGCGUGGAGAUGGGAAGGGAAUAUCAUGGUCUAUGUAAACCGGUCUCGUCAAUAUUUCUUUGAACCUUGUGUUAGACCCCCUUUUUACUUUUUCCUAAGUAAUUAUAGUGCCUUUAAUUGCACCCAUGCCCUUUGCAGCCUUAGCAACUGUUGGUCCAACCCUACUCGAUAUGCAGUAGCCGUGCGUAACCCUGCUAUACUAUGGGUCCCUGCUACAACGCCUGAUUGGGAAGGCCCUUCUGACUUGAUAAUACACAGAGACUUCGCCAGGUCUAAAAAAGCAAUAGGGUUAGUUAUACUACUGAUAAGCACCAUAAUUGGUGCAAUAGCAGGGGCCGCUACCGGGGUUACCUCUUUGGUUACUACCCAGUUAACCACUAGUGCCUUAAACACGCUUUCAGAAUCAACGGCUCAAGCCUUUACCACGCAGGCUUCUAUUAAUCAGCAAAUCUGGGGAGCCAUAAUAAACCUACAGCAACAAAUAGACCUCCUUGUGGAGGAAAUAGCGGGCCUGUGGCAACUUACACACACCACCUGUGACAUCCGAUUCCCCAGUAUAUGUGUAACCACGAUCCCAGUGCCCAAAGUAUGGCUGAAAGAGAGCACCUGGCAGCCUUACUAAAAGGCCCUUUUAGCCAACAGUUCCUUAAUACCACCUAUCAACUACAAAAGGAAAUCUUGAAAAUCAAUUCUACCCACGUAGAGCCUAUUGCGUAUAAUUUCCUUACUGGUGCUCUUGCGAGACUGACCUUCUGGUUAAACCCAGCCAACCUCCUCAUCUGCGGAGUCAUGAUAGUAGGAUUUGUCAUAGGAAUAGUAUUAUUUCGCUGUUUAUACAACAUGUUCAAUAAGCUAAGUGCUCAGCAAGCCAUGAUCAUACACGUCCAGCAGGCACUAAUAA